ACACUAGUUGCCCAACUCACCCUGUCAUGAAGCACCGCGAAAUGCAGCCCAAAUCAGGGCUUUUGUCUCUUGCUCAAGAACUCCAGUUUUACAUUCUGAGCUUCCUGCCUUGCCGAGAUAUUCUUCGUUGUACAUCUGUAUGUAAGGCCCUUCGCCAGACGUACAUGUCCUCCUCUGAGCUUCAGUACAUCAUCGAACUCAGUGGCCAAAGGUUGCUUCCUGUCUCUAGCACAGACAACCACACCCCUGCUUCCAACCGCCUACAGACCUUGAGGGAUAGGGCCCACGCAUGGUUCAAGUUUGACAUGCACUCUUUCGAAUCAAUCGACUUACCAGAAAAAUUGUACGCUAAGAAAAGGGCCGUCACUGAUGGUCAUCUCUACCUGUGGGACGAAGGUGGAGACCUGGCCAUGAUUACUCCAAUACUUCCAAAGCUCUCACAAAGAUCAAUCGAGCGCAACUGGUCUCCAGGAACGUUGUGUUCUGUGCCCCACUCAGUCACCCUAGAUGUGUUGAUGGACCCAGCACAAAACCUGAUCGCCAUCGUAUAUUCUGUUACUGACUCGGAUGAUCCUCUCCAAUCGGAUGAGACGGUCUAUAUUGAUAUUAGAGCCCUGGAUAAUGAUAGUUCUCAUCCCCAAGCUGCUGGACGGGAAAUACUUUCAUCGAAGCCGGCCGGGUACGCUGACAACCGCAUUGAAACUAUGGAAGCGAAGCUCAAAGGUUGUGGAAGGCACAUCGCUUUGCAGCGCAUGUUGGUGGUUGUAGUUGAUGAUAGAGAAACUGAUCUAUACGUAUGGCAUCUGCAAAUUUGGGACUGGCAAAACUCGACGACAUCAAGCAGCGACAUCAGCAACGUAGUACAAUACCCAUAUGGAGACUCGAACAAUUUUUGUUUUCUGGGAAACAAUAAGCUGCUCGUUGUCGUUAGCGAUCUGCGGCUUUAUUCAAUUGAGGAUAUGUCCCAGACGCCACAAUUGCUAGCGUGUUUCCUGCCGCCCCUCCCAUUGUCGGCACCGUGCCUCCUUCCGAUGGAUGAUGUUGAGCAGCUGCAGAUGCAAGCAAAAAAAACGAUGUACACCCCAGACCCUACACAUCAACUGCUAUGCCUCACCUCGUCAUAUCCUCUCACGCUAAUCUUCGUCAUUUCCACAAGGAUUUUCUUCCACCUUGACGGGAUAGCAGCAACAACGCCAGUACCAUGGGAACGUUGGGGUCCUUCAAAUGCUCGUAUUAUCCGAGACCCGUAUCAUUACCAAACUCGUGUUAGCGGAAAUCGAGUUUUGCUCGUAGUCGGCACGCCAGACACACGUCUCAUGGAAUGGGAAGUGCGUAUGUUGGACUUCAGCCCACUAGCUGUGACGAACAGGAAGGGUCUCGGGCGUGUGGUGAAAGAGCCAUCUGCCAUAGAGGCGACUAUUCUCAGGUCUAGCACGACCAAGGAGAACCGGAAGAUUCCAACAUCCCUACCUUAUGUCGAGGUUGUGUCGGACAGGAAGUUCAGUGUUCACGAGUUGGAGGACAUAUGGCUUGAUAAGGAUAGGAUUUAUCUUCUCAACGCAAAUUUACAGCGCGGGGUGGCUGCAGGUACUGAGUAUCUUGUAUCGCAAUCUAGCAGGCUUGAGGUCAUCGAUGUCUAA